GAAGCUCAUAGACACACACGCACCUCCGUGCCUCUCAGUGGCAAGAUGGUCCCGUUCGUCGGUGUGUAUAGUUUUGGGUUCGUAGCCGCGACGGUUUGCGUUAUUCUUUUGACAUACAUCACCUACCAACUGCUGAAAAACUACCUUCACAACUGGAAGGAAUUGAAGCCAGUCCCGGGCAUUGGAAACACAUAUCCGUUCAUCGGGGACGCGCUGCAGUUUAAAUCGAACGCGGGAGAUUUCUUUUGUCAGGUGGUUGGCUACACAAAAGAAUUCUGGGAUUCUCCUCUGUUUAAAUUAUGGAUCGGACCUAUUCCAUUUCUCAUCUUAUACCAUGCUGAGACUAUCGAGACAGUGCUCAAUAACCCCGUUCACAUGGACAAGGCCUACGCAUACAAAUUUCUGCACCCCUGGCUGGGAACAGGACUACUAACAAGUACUGGGGAUAAGUGGAGACACAGACGUAAGAUGUUGACCCCGACAUUUCAUUUCUCUAUACUAACUGAGUUCCUGGAGGUGAUGAAUGAACAGGCAGAAGUGCUCAUAGAGAAACUUCAGAAACAAGCUGGAAAAGGCUCUUUCAACUGCUUUAACCACAUCACUCUCUGUGCCCUUGACAUCAUCUGUGAGACUGCCAUGGGAAAGAAGAUCUAUGCACAGAGCAACCAUGACUCUGAGUAUGUCCGCAGUGUGUACAGAAUGAGUGACAUCAUCACCAAGCGCCAGAGGAUGCCCUGGUACUGGCCUGAUUUUGUGUAUAACUAUUUUGGUGAAGGCAGAGAACACAACCGUAGUCUGAAAGUCCUUCACUCCUUCACAGAGAGUGUGAUUAACGAGAGGUCAGAGUACAUUAACUACAUUGAGUCUGACAGUGAAUCAGAUCAGGGAAUGAGAAAAAGACGGGCUUUCUUGGACAUGCUGUUAAAAACAACAGAUGAGGAUGGGAAAAAGUUAACCCACAAAGAUAUCCAGGAGGAAGUGGACACCUUUAUGUUUGAGGGUCAUGACACAACAGCGGCUGCCAUGAACUGGGCUAUACACUUGUUAGGCUCCCAUCCUGAAAUCCAAAGAAAGGCGCAACAAGAACUAUUUGAGGUUUUUGGCGAGUCUGAGAGGCCAAUUAACACAGAGGAUCUAAAGAAACUGCGUUAUCUGGAGUGUGUGAUAAAGGAGUCUCUGCGUCUCUUCCCUUCUGUUCCGUUUUUUGCCCGAACCAUCUGUCAGGAUAUGAAGAUCAAUGGCUAUAAAGUUCCUAAAGGAGCAAAUGUCAUCAUCAUAACUUAUGCCCUUCACCGUGACCCUCGCUUCUUCCCUGACCCUGAAGAGUUCCGUCCUGAGCGUUUUAUGCCAGAGAACUGCGUCGGUCGACAUCCUUAUGCCUUCAUUCCAUUCUCUGCUGGCCUUCGCAACUGUAUUGGUCAGCGUUUUGCUAUAAUGGAGGAAAAGGUUAUUCUGGCUUCUAUUCUGCGCUACUUUAACAUAGAGGCAUGUCAGAAGAGGGAGGAACUCCGUCCAGUGGGCGAACUGGUACUGAGACCAGAGCGAGGCAUCUGGAUCAAGUUGGAGCGCAGAAAGCACUAAGCACACACAUCUAGUCAACAAGAGAAUUCAUUCAAAAUGGAAAUAUUGUGUACUGAAUGACACAAACCUUAAUUAACAUAAAUCCCAACACCAAACCUAACCAUGAUUGUUCUACAAUCUACAUUUUUGUAUGAUAUCCACCUCAAGCUAUUUUCUUUGAAUGUGCAAGAUUAGUGAUUCAUUGGACACUACAUUUAAAUAACUAGGAGAACAGCAAGUGCAGUAAACAGUAUAACUAUUUGAAAAAAAAAAAAUGUGUUCAUGAUUGUGAUAAAUUGAAACAAAAUGAUAACAAAUACCAAUUUGCAAUAUAAAAAGCAUAACAGACUUCUUAUGCAUAGGUAAAAUAACUGGAAGUCUGUGACCCUGAAAUUCCUGCACAUUCAGGUUAUUUUAAAAAUUAAUUUAAGAUUAUGCAAUCUUGUCCAAAUAAUUGUCAAGAGAUUAUAUUGAAAGUUACACAAUUACACAGAAGUGCAACUGUUCUGUAACUGAAAGUACUGCGAAAUGAUUAAGGGCUUUUAAAAAUAUACUAUACAAUGUAAUCUAAGAACAUUUCAUUUAAUUCCUUCCAGAAUGACCAUGACUAAAACUCUGUUAUAAUCUAUCCUUAAAUUAACUCUGGUUUAUGUGGCAUUAAAUGUUAGCAGAUAAUUAGUUACAGACAUUCAUUUUUUUUCUUUCUUUCUCCUCUCUUGUUUUACACAUUUAAAUCUAAAGAUGCUAAUAAUAAUUUUAAAACUAAUAUUUUGGGAAUCGUUUACUUAUUGUUACAAAUACAAUUAAAUACUAUUAAAGAA